GACCUGCGCGUGGAUUGUGGGUUGGAAAUUUGAUUGCGACAGCCAGUUUAUUGCCCUUUAUAAUAGAAAAAGUUUUUGCCAGAUGAUCGGGCACUGUUUGUUCACUGGGGGCUGUUGUGGCGCGAUGAAUUAUGUUAUCACAGCUCCAUGGACGAAAAGAGCCUCUUUUGAGCGGUAGUUUCAAACACUCAACACGCUUACCGUACGUUAUUGCCUGCCUUUGGCUAACCUGCAGAUACAUAUUCGGAGGCGCAGUUCCCAAGACAAAAGUCACCAUGGAGAACGAAAGUCAGGGAAGCAUUUCAAAUUGUCAGCCAAAGGAUAUGGAAGAGACAGGAAUGGAAAUUCAGCCACUAGUUGAUGGUAGCAGUGCAUCACAGCCUACAAACAAUGAAGUAGUAAAGAAACGAGUCAGUUCCACAGAAGAGACGAGGAGAAGUAGCUCUUCACGCUCAUCCAGGAAGAGCUUUCGCCUUGAUUAUAGGUUGGAAGAAGAUGUUACCAAGUCUCAAAGAGAUAAACAUGGGCGCUUUAUCAACCCCUGGCCUACAUGGAGACCUCCCACAUUAUACAAUGUCCUAAAGUGGCAAAUAACUGAAAAAAACAGCAGUAACAUUCCCAACUCCAAAGAGGAGCUAGAUAAGGAGCUUCCAGUUUUGGAGCCAUACUUCAUUAAAAGUCCACAGAUUGCGGGUAAAACAGGAUUGGGAAUGCGAGUCACGUGGAUGGGACAUGCAACUGUCUUGGUGGAAAUGGAUGAUCUUACAUUUUUGACUGAUCCCAUCUUUAGCCAGAGAGCUUCUCCUGUUCAGUUUUUGGGGCCGAAACGUUACAGGGGACCCCCAUGCACAGUUGCUCAGCUUCCGAAGAUUGACGCAGUGGUCAUCAGCCACACUCAUUAUGACCAUUUGGAUUCAGGCACAAUAAUAAAUUUGAAUGAGCGCUUUGGAAGUGAUUUACGCUGGUUUGUUCCUCUUGGUCUUUUAGACUGGAUGCAGAAGUGUGGCUGUGAGAAUGUUAUUGAGCUGGAUUGGUGGGAAGAAAACUGCGUACCAGGACAUGAUGAAGUUACCUUUGUGUUCACACCAGCACAACACUGGUGCAAACGUACGCCUACAGAUGAUAAUAUGGUACUUUGGGGCAGCUGGUCUGUCUUGGGCCCAUAUAAUCGCUUUUUCUUUUCUGGAGACACUGGAUACUGUAAAGUGUUUGAACAGAUAGGCAAACGCUUUGGCCCUUUUGAUUUGGCUGCUAUUCCCAUUGGAGCUUAUGAGCCAAGGUGGUUCAUGAGAUGUCAGCAUAUAGAUCCAGAAGAGGCUGUAAGGAUUCAUAUUGAUGUUCAGGCUAAGAAAUCACUAGGAAUUCACUGGGGGACAUUUGCUUUAGCCUAUGAGUUCUAUCUGGAUCCUCCUGUUAAACUUAAGGAAGCUGUGGAAAGAUAUGGACUGAAACAAGACAAUUUUUUUGUUUUAAAUCAUGGAGAGUCUAAAGAGUUGAAAUUUGAAGAAGAUGCUUUUGAAUAACAUGCAUCUAUUAGCAUGGACUUAAAUGAGAGAUGCUGGCUUCUAAAACAAUCAUUUGCUGGACUAUUGAAGUUCUAGUGGAAUGUCAAAACAAUAUUUCAUGAUUCAGUUGUCAUCAUAAUCAAUAUUUUUGAUAGCAUAAUAGUUGAUGAUUUUUUUCUGAUCAAGUGUUAAAGCAAAUAUUUACCCCAAAUGUCAAAUUCUUCUGUAAUGUCUAAGAUUGUGAAGAAUCCAGGGUUUUCAGUUCAGUAAAGUGUUUGCAGGUAGCCAUUGAAGGUGCAUCUUGAAUAUUUGCAAGUUCAUUUCAGGGCCUGAUAUUAAGAGCCAUUUCAUUGCAUUGCCUGUUUUUCUUUCCCAAGUCUUUGGGCAGACGCACUGUUAACAUUAAUGCCGUUUAACUGCACUGAAAAUUGUGAAUUCUUCUCACUCAGAACAUUUCUGAAGGUGAAAAAUAAAAGUUUUUUAAUCACCAUUUUUAAUUUAAAAUUUGAAUGAAGUAUUUGAAAAUUUAAUAUUUUAUAAUUUAAGAAACGUUUAUUGGGAGAUGAUGCUGGUGCCUCACAUUUAUCAAAAAAAUCCUAUUUUAAUUCCUUUGGGAUAAGUAGUCCACAAUUCAGCUGUGUUGCUGUCUUGUUUUGCAAAUAUUGAAGAGACUCAUCAUUAUCAGGUUUUGGAUAUCAUUUUGAUAUUAAAUUUCAAGAAAUUGCCAUCGUUGGCAUAUAGAAAGUAAUUGGUCCAAAACUGCCAACUUCUCUUUUACAUGUUAAACAGUUCAAUCAAAUAUGGGAAAUGGGAGAGCUCGGUAUUUUUUAAAUUGUGCUUUUAAAUAACACAACAAAGCAGCUGUAAAUUAAAAAUGUAUUUUUGUUUAAAAUGUAUAUAUAGGGUGAACAUUUUAUGGAGGUUGCCUUAUGCUAAAAGAAAAUGAAAUAGGUUUUACACGUGUUCUAUAUCCAGCGCAAUAUUUAUUUAAUUUGACAGAGUAAUCGUUCAAGUUGUAGAGAAAUGUUCAAAUUAAUUACAUUACAUAGAAAUCUUUAUUGUACAUUACAUUCUUGGCUGGAUCACUUUUAAAAGACUGAAUUUAAACUGCAUGCUUGGCCUGUUGUGUAUCACAUUGAUGUGAAAUUUAUUUACUGUUGUGCUAAUACAUGGCACAGACUGAAAUUCCUAAAAAUGUUUUUAUCUUUCUUAAAAGCUGCUAACAUGACCAGUCUUAUGUUGUGGGUGAUGUUAAGGUCUGCCAUGUAAAUAUGAGUUUCCUAUUCUUUCCUGAGGAUCGAGAAUUUCAUUUUACCAUAAUAUUCUCAAACUUGCUUAACUAAAUUGGUCAGAGAUUUAAAUUUUAAUGAUCUUGAUUUUCCUGAUCUUGUGUACCUUUUUCCGGAGCUUAAAUAUAGUAAGUCUGUCAUGCUUACAACAAAAAAAGGCCUUUCCCAGUGAUGGCAGCCCUGAGCAUUGGCAGCUCAGUGCUCAUUCUAUAACAGAGAUCACCCUGGACUGAAUAAUGGAGAAUAGAAUAAUGACUGACUGACUGAUAGAAUGCCAAGCCUCCUUUUCCACUAUGGCAGUGUAGCUGGUUUUAUGUGGGUAGAAGUAGUCACCCAUGUUGAUCCCUGUCCUCCAAGGCCCCACUGAUGCACACGCCCACAUAGGCUGACACUGGACCAGUUAACCCAUUUGGGGCAUCUGCUUCCUAGGAAUUAAAUUCACUGAAAAUUGUGUCUUACCGAAAUAAAGAAAUCAACCCCCUACCACUGCCCUGUGAGCCAUUGACAGAGAAACAAAAGUACAAAGAAAGCAAAGCAUUGGACAAAGGGGGUACUUAGACUGUUCCUUUAAAUAUGGGCUUACACACCAAAAAACGAAAGAAAAAACACUGAAGGAAACCAUUGAGCCGCAUAAUAUGAUGUAUUUGUCCUUAUUCUUUUCAGCAACCCAGAGAAUAUUCAGUUUCUAAAUUUGGAAAUUAGUGCACUUUUAAACAAAAUACUUAUCUGUUUAAAAAGUGUAAGUGAUUUUUCCAAAAACUCUACGGUAAACUAAAAAUGUGCUAUUUUUUCAGUUGGUAUGUGCAGAAUGAUGGCUAACAUGUCAUCCCAUAAUAGAAAAGUGGUCACCUGUAUCAAACAUAAAAUAUAAGAAAAAAUAAGGCUGCUAUAGAACUGUUGCCUAUUUUGGAAAACUCUCUGCUUGCUUGCCCCUGCUGUUUAUCCUUGAACUUUUAAUAUCUUUUAUUUCUUUGCUAGCCCAAGAGGUUCUCUUGUUUUAAGAAGCUAACCGAUCAAGUCUUGGAUUUUUGUACAUACACAUUCUUCAAGUUUACUUAAAAUUGUGAGGUUCAGAUUAAGUUGGCUAUCUGCUGUAAAUUAGACCUGGGGUGUCUGUGGCCCACCCAUACCUAGCUCUUGUCAUAUACCCCUUUGCUGCUCAGAAAAUGGAUAAACAGAGUGGUGGCUUUAUAGAUGACCAUUUUGAGAUGGCAUAUUUUCUUAACAGUUGCUGUCAGUGUCAACAAGCUGUUGCACUUUUAGCUGGAAUCUCACACAGAUACAUGAAGUAAGCAGGGAACCUAGGACUUGAGGGACACACAUGCAGAGCAGACAAUCGAUUAUUAAAAAGCUGUGAUACGGGAAAGAGUCAAGGUUUAGAGAAAAGAUGGUUAGAUGAUACAGUAUCUGGGAAGUGCCUGGGUUAAGCAUUCCAAGAGCAGUCCAGCGUUGGCACAACAAUCCAUUAAAAAUGAUGGUGUGCAGUGAUGAUGAUAAAAUUCAAAAAUUAAAAAGAAACAAUGUAUUUAUGGAGAGUUACCAUUGUACUUCUGGCACCUUUCAAGUUUGAGACUGAGCUGGUUUCACUGAAAAAUCUUUCAGGACAGCAGUCAUCUUACCCAGUGUAACCAUUACACAAACCCUCUCACAGACAAACAAAUACUAAUGGUUAGAUUUUCCUUUUUUCCUGACCCAGAUAUUGGCACACAACAUGAAUGAUGCUCACUUUUUAAAAAAGUAUAGUCAGAUUCCAUAUUGGAUUUUCAUGCAAGUUAUGUCACAAUGGAUGUGAACAUCAAUGACAUUGUCAAACAAAACUUAACUUGUUCACCUGGCAAAUGGGAACAAGAUGAAGUCUGCUGAUAUUCAUUUGAAGUAUCAAACCAGUGGAGGUUUUUGUAUUCUUUCAAAAGUGAAUCUUCACACCCACAUGCUGUAUAACCUUUUUGUUUUAGAUAAAAGUUGAUCUUUUUUCCCUGUUAUCAAAUGAGGAGCUGCAGUUCUUUUCAAAUCAUCAUGUUGUGUAAUUGUCUUCAACAUCCUUGCUGCUUUUGCUAAUAUUAAUAUUUCUUAAAUAUACUUUUGUUUUUCCCCCCCAUUUUUCUAUUUAAAAAAGUAAGCCAGAUUAUAUCAAAAGUACAGCCUCUGUAAACAAGCAUCCAAGGGUCUUCUGUCAGCUCUCUAGUGGUGCGACUCCACUACAAAACUGACAAGAAUAAUGAAGCUAAUCUUGACAUUUAUAAUUCAAAGGUAUGUUAACAAUUUUAUUUUUCUUCUACUAACUCUGUAGAAUGCCUUCAAGGCGUAUCAUUAUUUAAACAGUUUUGGACUUUUUUCUCCGUGGGACUGCACGGAAUAUUGAGUGUAGGUUAAAGUUCUGACUUGAGUUUGUCCACAACACUGACUUUGGCCUUUUGCUGGAAAAUGAAAAUUCACUGUACAACCAGGCAUCUCACAGAUAGCAGUAGGUGAUCCUCCAGCAUGCACUAACAAUUUACUUUUUAUUUUACUGCUGUAAGCAUUUAAAGUCUUAACCUACAAAAAUAUGCCUAUAAUGUGGUGAUGUCACCUCAUUUUUUUUGUUUUAUCGCAAAAACAUGACAACGGAUCUCAUUGGAGCAGGUAAUUUUAAUUUUUACUUGCUCUCAGUGACUUCUUUUAAUUCUUGUAAACUGUAUUUUCCAUCUGAUGGUGCUUUUUUCCAAACAAGUUUUUUACCACUAACAUGACCCAGAUGUGACCUGUACGAGUGGAUUCUCCCACUACACAGCAUUAACUUGAGCUACUUCUUUGUAUACUUGGCAUUAGAUGGGGCUCUUAUUCUGUAGAUUUACAGCCGUGUUUACUCCAGUUCUGUAAAGUAGACCCAAGUGUGCUUUUUUCAAUACCCAUUUUCUUCUACUUUUGGACUGAGUGCAGCUUAUUCUAUAUUUGUUGUUCUUUUUUCCUUUGGGUUAGAUAGUUUUUGGAAGAAGACUCGUGAGAAAAACUGAAGAAUUUCCCAGAUAGAGGAAUUGACUGUCAGGAGUGGAUUUUGAUGCUAUUCCAAUACAGAAUAACUAGUAUUAAAUACACCAAUACAAUAACCUUUGAAGUGUACAGUGCCUUUAAUAACCAUUUAAUAUUGUACUGCAGUCUCAUAAUGUUAAGUUUUUUUUUUUUAAUCUUGUGCAUAUGGUACAUAUCCAAGACUUGUUUAGCAAGGAAGUGGCUGUCUAAAAUGCCUUAAAAUGUGUGUGAAUUUUUUAGAUAACAGAACAUGAAAGCACUGUUCUUUUUCUGUUUCACAAAAGGCAUGGUUGAUGUCCUAGAGGACAAAAAUGGAAUGUGAAUGUAAUGUAGAUGCUGGCCAUCUGUCAGUGACUAAAAAUGCUUUUAAACAAAAAAAGGAAUGCUAGUCACCACUCUCCAAUUACCACACCACCAGAUACUUGCAUCCAUAUCCAUUAGCAAAAAAGAGAGAAGUAUUCAGAGUGGGUCAAAUUAAUCCUGGGGUAUCAUUCCUUGUGGCCUUUGUGUCCAUCUCCAUUAGAGCAGCAUACAGUAAGAAAAAAAAGUUUAUGUGCCAGCGCAAAAAUAAAUGUUAUAAAUGUAUGCUGCUAUUCAUCAUGAGGGUUGGAAAACUUUCAGGUUUUCUACUUUACCGAAUCAUUACAUGUAAGAUAACUGCAUCAAAGCCUUAGUUUUAGUUAUAAAAGUGUUAUUUUAUGUAUUAAAUGGAACAAUAAAUAUGUAUAGAGUUCUUUGUUGGUUAAAUUAGUGGGUUAUUGUGUACAGGUGAGUUUGCCGGUGCUUUUGUAUUCUUUUUUUUUUU